ACAUUCCACAGCGGAAUGGUAAAGCAUCUGGAAAACUUUAAAGGAGGGGGGAGAUGGAAACAGAAAGGAGGCUAAAGGGGAUUGGUCAAAUAUUUGGAACAUGUCGGCAGUGUCAUCUUUCUCCACAGACACAAGUGAGAUCACAAAACAGCGUAGGUAGUCAUGUUUGAAAGAGAGAAAAAAAACUUGUGCUUGAGGCAGAUGUUGAUGUCAACACAUGAUGUCGUAGAGCAGAGGGCAGGGGGAGGUCUGAGACCACAGACCUGUGUCUUCCUGCACGCCCCGCUACAGCAGGAAGUUAGAGCAGAAACAGACGGUGGUCUGACACAGAGAAACUCUUUUUCCCUUUGCGUUUGGAUUUUCCUUAUUCAGUCCUGCUGCGAUCAACGGGAAGGAGAAGGAGGGAGGACAGAGAGGAGGCGGGGUUUCUGAUGGAGCCGAGAGAGCGGCGGAGAGCAGCUGAAGUCUGAAUCUGAGGAAAUAUGAUGGAAGACGGCGGUGUUUCCAAAGACGCUGGUCACACAAGCCCUGUGACAGAAGGACCCGAUGCCACCUCCACCUCCUCAUCACCCACCCUCCCUCCACCUUGUCUGACACCCAAACUGCUAGGGCGACCCAAACCUCAACUCCCUUCUCGCCCGCCUUUACCUUCGCCCACUCCUCCAUCCCUCCCUCCCCCUCUUACACCGGUGCCCACACCUCCUCUCCCUAUCUCAUCUGGCGAGCCUCCCCAAUCACUUCCACCUCCUCUUUCUCCAACUCCAGCUUCUCCUCCUCCAAUUUCUACUCAGUCUCCUCCGCCUAAUGAUACUUCUCUGUCUAGUACUCAGUCUUCCCCACCUUGUCCAUCAUCUCUUACGGCCACAGCCUCCAUUUCAACAUUACCUUCUCCUGUGAUUACUUCGGUUCCUUCCUCUGCUCCGCUGCUAAGUGAAACUGAUCGUCUACAGAGGAGCACGUCAGUAUGGAAGCUCAAAGGAAUCAGCCAAGACCAGACUGCUGGUAAACUGGAGAAGGAGUCAGCUGGGGCCUUCCUGGUUCACAGUGAUGAUGGUGAGGCCUUGAUGCUGUCAGUACGCCUGCCUGAUGAACAGGGACCACCGCUUGUACACAGUCUGACAGUCAAACAACACCAGACAUUUGUCCACUUAGAAGGUUCGUCUCUGGUCUUUGACGACAUUGUUAAACUGAUCUCGUUCUACUGUGCCAGCAGGGACAUCCUGACCGUCAGACUGAGGUUACCAGAGGCCAUUACCAAGGCGAGUACGAGAGAGGAGCUGGAGGUCAUCGCUGCUGCAGGAGCAGACUUUUGGACGUCGGAUUUAAACGAAAAGGAACCAGCGAAGACUCAAGAAACCAUUGCAGAGCAGUGCAGGUUUUUAUACGUGAACCCAGUUGCUGUAGAAGAGAAGCCAAACAACGACAGUCAGAAUCCCUCAGGCUCUGUGGUGAAUAAUAUCAUUGAGCACAACAACACCUCCACCACCAUCUCCACCUCCCCCACCACCACCACCAUCUCCACCUCCCCCACCACCACCACUUCCACCUCAGCCAUGCAGAAUGGAGAGGCAACAAAGAAGGAAAGGCCAGAAGUUAAAGUUCUAAACCAGACAAAAUCAAAACAGGAGAUCAAAUACAAACGUCCCCCACCAAGACCACCAAGCCUGGGCUCAGGUGCUGGCCUCUCCUUCUCCUCCUCCCCCUUAGCUCACACUGCACCUUCUGUAACUGCAAAAAAAGAGGAAGGAAAGGGAGGAGGGGUAAAAAGAGGAGGAGAGAAAGAAGAGAGGAAGUCGGUGUCAUCAUCACCUAUUCCGUCAAAGCCUCCACCUCGACUGCAGAGCCGAGCUGCUCCUCCUCUUCCCCCCGCUCCGGUACCACGCGUCUCCUCCAGGAAACACAGCGAACCAGAGGGAGGAGACGGUUCAGAGAAAAGAAAAGGUAAAAUGGAAAAAUGGAAGGAGGGAGAAGGAGACAAAGAAAAAGAAGUGAAAAUAAAAGCUAAAGCAGGCCUGCUGUUUGAGGAGCCUCCGCAAGAGAACUGUGCAAAAGAAGAAAUAAAAGAGGACGGAGAGAAGAAGGAGACAGAGGAUGAGAAGGAGAAAACAGAGGUGAAAAUGAAUAAAGAAGUGGAAUCAAGAAGUUCUGCUCCUCAGUGUCCACCAGUAGUGAAGAGACCGUCCCGUCCUGUCCCUCCACCGAGGAGGAAAACCUUGUCUCCAGACACACCUGUGGGCCUCAAUCAGACUGGAGGCGGACUAGCAAAUCAGAGUACCGGGUCAAGAAUCCCACCUGCAUCCCCUGGCAGGAGGCCAGACGUGUCACUGUACUCACCGCAGGGCAGUGCUGUUGUGACAACAGACCCAGAUUCCUGUUCAACCAGCAGCGCUGAGGAAGAUGGUGACAUGAACCAGGAACAAGAGCAAAACCACAGUCGUCCAGCAGAGAGUCGCAGUCCAAAGACAGUGAUUAGGAGGACGCCCACCACCGUUAUUUUGGAUCGCGCCCGCCACCGCCUCUCUACUGUCCUCACUGGCCUCAUAAGUCAUGAUCGGCGCCUCACACAGCGCAUCGUAGAGAUGGCUAGGGACCCUCUAAGCUACUUUGGUAACCUGGUAAAGGAGCACCGUACAUUCACGUUGGAAACCAUGUCAAACCACUCCACUACCACCGAGCUGCUACAGGAGAUCAGACAGAUGAUGACUCAGCUAAAAAGUUACCUUUUGCAGAGUGCCGAGCUGCAGGCCAUGCUGGAGCCGCAGCAUCAGUACACACAAGACAAACUGGAAAACAUAGCGGAAGCUGCUCUGUGUAAGAGUGUGUUGAAGCCGAUCAGAGAACAAAUUUACCAGUGUCUUGAAAAAUUGCACAACAACGACAGCCUGAAACAGCUGACACAGAACCAGUCUGCUGUUCUAGGAAGCACUACCACAGCACUAGGUGUGACAACUGCUGUCCCUGAGGCCUCUGCUAUGGAGAAGAUCAGCAUCAAACUCAACAAACUCCAUUAUGAGUAUUCUCCUCAAAAAAAGAUUGAGCUUCUGCUGAAGGCCUGCAAAAUCAUCUAUGACUGCAUGUCUGUCAGCUGCCCAGGGCGGGCCCAUGGAGCUGACGACUUCCUGCCUGUAAUGAUGUAUGUUCUGGCCAGAUGCAAUCUGUCUGCUCUGCAGCUGGACGUUGAAUACAUGAUGGAGUUGAUGGAUCCAUCAUUAACAAUAGGAGAAGGUUCCUACUAUCUCACCACCACGUACGGAGCUCUAGAGCACAUAAAGACUUUUGACCAGCAGAGGUCAGCAACACGCCAGCUCAGCAGAGAGGUGCAGGACUCCAUCCACCGCUGGGAGAGACGACGCACACUCAACCAGGAAAGAAUGGCCCAAGGAUCGGACUUUUUGACAGUGUGUUGCCCUGAGAUUGGAACCAACCCUAAAACUCUGGGUGUCCUCCCGACCACAACAAUUGAACAGCUGGCCGAGCAGUGUGCAGUACGCUUUGAACAAGAGGGCUUCACGCUCAGCGUGUAUAUAGAUGGUGUUCAGCAGCCCUGCGUCUCCACUGAUCUGGCUCUCAGUGUUAAGAGUGGCUGUCAACCUGGAGGCUACUGCUUUCUUUACCAUCCCGUCAGCCAGCCCAGCAAACAGCCCCCCCGCAGCUGCCCCACCGACCCGCCUCCUGCACCACCUGCAGAAGCUCUCUCCACAGAAAUGGAAGCCACGGAGGAACCAGUGGCAGAGGAUGAGGAGGAGGAGAGUCUGAUCAGCCUGUAACUGCUCCCACUGCCAAACAGCAAACAUUAGACACGGGGGUCAGUGACCUCACAGGAAGUAAUGAAGAAUGAAAUACUGACCAUGCAGAGGAAGAACAUGGGAUUGAAAUCAUAAGUACUAACAUCAGUGUACAUCGUACCAACACAGCAGGGUCCAGAUUAACUGACCUCCUGAUACAAGUACUGGACAUGUAGUUUCUUUACAUGGUGGUUUUUCAACUUUUAUUUAUACAUUUGUUAAAGGUCCAGUGUGCAGCAUUUAGGAGGCUUCACUGUCACAGUUAGUCUGCUCAUCAGCUACUUCCAGCUCCGCCUUUUCUCUGUGGAGUCUGCAUGUACUUUACAUGUGUCGGGGGCCAAAGAAUUCCUUAUUAAGGAUUAGGUCUUCAAUUGACCACAGCCAUAGGAGGUGGUCAGACUUUGUGGUUCGUUUUAUAUCUGUGGUCAGUAUCAGAUGGAUGGAGAAUAUUUGUGUGUUCUAACAUGUAUUAACUACAGCACUGCAUCUAACAUCAAAGAAAGGGAGGAGUGCGUGUUUUGCCAGUGCAUCAAAGUCUCAGGACCGAUCUCAGGUGUUUAUCUGUUAUUCUGCAUGUCUGCUCUCACACAGAACAAACACCAACAGCAGCAUCCUCUGUGCCAUCUACUGCACGGUGCCAAACUUGGCUUUUCUUAAAGCAUAACACAUCCAGUUUACACAGGUAAAAUACUUGGUUUCUUAAUUUCAGUUUUGUGGCAGUAAGACCUAAAGCUGUUAUAAGUAUAUUCAUAAAUACAUAUGCUGCAUAAAAAUAUGUAUAUAUAUUAGGAAUGUCCAAUAAUGUCAGCCAACCGAUGAUAUUGGCUAAUAUUAGCAUAAUGUAACUUUAUUGGUUUUUCCUACAAUUAUGAAAACCAAUAUAUUGGUAUAUAUAUAUAUAUAUCACAACCUUUUGUGUCACAGACCAGUUUCAUGUUAAACAGUAUUUUUUUAUAUAUUUUUUACUUGACUUUCAGAGUGUGGUGAAUGACUUUGAAUGAAAUUAAAGUGAUGACAAUCAUAAAAACAAAAUAUAAAACAUAUAAAAAUGCAACUCCCUAAAAAGAUGUAAGCUAAGGUUAAGACAGUGACAGUUCAGAUCCUUAUGUCUGUUCUUUCACCUUUUCACCUUCACUUCAAGACUGUAUAAAGAACAUCAGCAAAGCCAUUUUUGAGCCAUGUCAAACAAAAGAGACGAGCGUCAUGACAUUUAACGCUCCUCUUAACAGGCAGUCGGAGCAGUUCGGGGCUGGGUGUUUAAGCAGUAGAAAUCAGGGCAAAUCUGAAGCCAUAUAAAUUAAAAACAUUUUUUCCCAGAAUUGUACUUUUGGAAGAGUGGGCAGUUUGCACUUUUACUGUUUUACUCGUGUCACAUGCAUGGCUGUCAUUCGUGUGAAAUGGAUUCAUACGAUACAUUUAAAUGUCUUCAGUGACACAGAUAUCGUGAUGUAUUUUGGAUGAAAUUUAUUGCACUAUAUCGAUAUGGCAGUAUCUGAUAUUAUCGUGGUCAAAAUAUUGUGAUAGAAUCGUAUCGUGAUACCCAGCGCUAUGGUGUACGUCACCAUCUCUUCAUAACUGCUUUCCAAUGACCUAUGACCUAUGACGAAAUGACCUAUUUCACCAAUGCUUUACUCAAUGUUAGAGAAGAAACGGCAGCGUUUCACAAACAGAGUAACUCUUCACAUUCCAGUAUGUCAUUGGUUCACUGGAGAACACUGUAAUCUCAAGUUUCAACAGUAGGUGUCACUAAAUCUGCACACUGGACCUUAAUUUGAUCAGUUCUCAAAAAGAGAAUUGACAAUGCAUUUGCAUUAAUGUUGCAUUUGUUCCACACCAGGGAACCAAUCAUUUCUGCCCUGAGCAGCUACAGUGGUCAGUUACCAAGUACAGGUGUUGGAGUCACUCAUUUCACUUAGUGUUCAUGAUCAGAACUUUCACAGCAAAUAUUCAAGGUAAGACAAGUUUACCUCGCUCCAAAAAAAAAAAAAAAAGGUUCCGGGACUUUACAGAGGCACCAACAUAUCACUACUCAAACUCAAACAUUUAGAACAGAUUCUUCUGUAAAUAAUGCUUUUAUCUGCACCGAUGUGUCUUAUAUUUUAUAAUGAGUCAGUUUAACCAGGCUUUUAAGUGUCUUUAAAAGCAUUUGAUAUUUUUUUUGUACCAGUUAUACUGUGACAACUAUGUACUUUUCAUAUCUGUAAACAAGCAGAACACCAAUGAAAUAAAAUUAUUUCUCACUA